GUUGACAUGUCCAUUCUCGACUCCCUGUACUCACUGACGUCAGGUCUUCGAUUCUGAGUUGUAGCACAAGUCAUGCGACAUCCAACACGACCUGGGGCUCGCGAUUGCGAACCCAGAACGUUUCGAACCGCCUAAUGAUUAGAUACUAUCACUUGUCGCUCAUCGAAGACUGGGGUCUCGCCAUCUCUCCUCAUCGCUCCUCACCAUGCGGAUUGCAAAACGCUCCAUCCGGUCCCUGACAGUUCAGUGUGGUCCAUGUGAUGCAUCCACGCUUUGCUAUCGCCCAUCUCCAGCUUCGACGGCUAGUGUAGCUCCACUCCUCUUGCCAUUUAUGGGUCGUAUGCUGGUCAAUUGGCAGUUCCGGAGUCCGGACGCCCGUAUCAAUCGCCCUUCGCUUAACGCCUGCAGGCAGAGGGCAACCAUGCGAUCUCCAGCGAUCCCCUCCUUCCAGGAAUCAAUGGCAAGGACAAGGAUUGCCCCCGGGCUCUGCUUCUGAUCGCCGCUGUUGUUCAGUAGCAGUACACCAAAGAACAAUACCCAUCACGCUUCACCAUCACUCCUAUCUCUAUACUUAGGCCCCGUUCCGUACGGAGGAGGAGUAGAAUAGGGUUGGGUUACC